CACCUGUUGCUGUGGAGACGCUCCCGAUGCGUUAUGACCACGCCCACAGAGAGGAGCAGGUGGCUGCGGUGGCAAUGGGAGGGCGGGUGACGCCUGAGAGGUUUGACUCCACCCUCGAUGGCUACUACACAUUGAGACUGAGAGCUCUCUCAGACGGAGUGCUGAUCGACGCCGUCUUCCUCCCCCAUGCCUCAUCUUCCUCUCCCGCUUCUCUCCUCUCGUCUCACUCCAACACCUGGACCUCCAUCUUAUCACACGGAGCCUUCUCCUCGCACACUCCUCCACCAUCACCAG